AUGACUGGAACAACUCAUGGCUUUGUCGAGCAAAUACCAAUGCCAGACGUCUUGCAGGAGUGCUACAAAUACCAAACAAAGAACAUAGAUUACACUGAGAAACCCUCUCAGGAAAUCAACAUGCUUUGUAUCACAAAAUACCUCUACCAGACUGCACAUCUUCGGCCACAACGACAGGUGACCAACCAAACAAUCGCCUAUGUCGGAGAACUAAUGCGAAAGGUCAUUAGUAAACAUGAGAAAAAAGGUCAUAGGUCAAAAAGACAAGGUUUCCCAGGCGCAAGUAUUAUGGGUGUAAGAAGAGAAAUCAGAACUCUGUCACGUCGGGAAUGGGAAACCUUCGUGUUUAGACUUAACCAGCUGCAACAACCAAUUUUGACCCCGGGACAGCCCCCAUUUGUGCCGUACUACGCUAUUGCUGAAAUGCACCUGCCCCCUGCGAUCAUACAGGCAGCUCACAAUGGCCCUAGCUUCCUCGGCUGGCACAGGAUCUACCUGCUCUUAUUGGAGGAGGCUUUGGGUAUGCCAAUACCUUACUGGGAUAGUCGGCUUGACUUCAGAAUGCCCCAACCUACAGACUCCGUCAUAUGGACACCAGAGUUCUUUGGAGAAGGGUUUGGAAGUGUCGCGUCAGGCCCGUUUGGAGGUUGGCCGAGGAUCCCCACACCUGAUCGUGUCCCUCUUGUCCGUAACAUAGGAAAUGAUGGAUCUUUGGUCAGCGAUAGUGCCGUCAAUGCUAUAAUGUCAGCCUACAGUCACUUUGAUGUCUCAGAACCCGCCCCACUACCCCAGAUGACCUUUGAAGCUAUUCACAACGCCGUCCAUGUUUGGAUUGACGGUCAAAUGUCGGGAAUUUCCACUUCGCCACAGGAUCCUAUUUUCUUUAUGCACCAUGCGUUUAUUGAUUAUCUUUGGAGCAUGUUUAGAAACAUUCUACGGAAUUCCGGUGUAAAUCCAGAAAACGACUACCCGCGAAAAGGUAAUCGGAUGCAUGCCCCUCUGUCACAAAUGAUUCCAUUCAGCUUGUUAAAUAUUCAGGGCUUCCGAAACGACAUUGAGUCCCCAUAUGCACCUUCCCCUACCUGCCCAGAAUGCGGUGGCAGUCCGUACCUGCAGUGUGUGCCUCCUGGAUAUUGUGUGUCAGUCAGGGGGUUUGCUCCUGGAUUCACCAGCACACCAGGUGCACGUGGGUCAAGGCCAGUUCCAGUCAGAGAGAGGUUUGAAACAGGCUUACGCGAUCCCCGUACUCGUGGAGAUGCGUCAAUGACCACCAUUCCAGUCCGUAGACGUCGAAGUGUUCAGGAAACAACAAACACGACAACUCAUUUUUCAAAUGAUGCAUCACAAAUGAACAACCCAUACCAAAAUACAUUCGUCAUAGAUGGAAUCAGUGACGUCAGCAAAUGGUCCUUUGUUCCUGUUAGGAUCAUAUUUGAAAGACCACCUGAAGCUAAAUUUGAAUCAUUCAUAAUGAAAGACGGAAAGUUAGUAAAUAGUACUGAUAUGUUCUCCCCAGCAAAGUACAACACAUUCAAAGUAGAAAUAAAACAGAAAGUCCCUGCAACUUAUUCAAAGUGCCACAUAUCCGGUUCGGGUGCUUCAAAGGUUUUUGUGCAAACGGACGGUAUAGACUAUUCAGGGAGGUAUAAGGAUUAUGCAGUGGUCGAUGAACGGCUACCUAUUUCUUCCUCUAUGGCUUAUGUUGGAGUAAAGAAACCAGAAAAUGGCGCAGCUAAAUUUUACAUGACAGCAUAUGACUCGUGUGGCAGGGUGUGUACACCUAGAUGUCUAGUGAAUGGCAGGUAUCAGGAAUGUUCAGGAGCUUUUCAGAUCUCAACAGCGUUUCCAAAAAUGUAUGGGAGAACUUAUGAAGAAGCCGUACAAACAGUUUGGACAAUUGGGGAUCAACUCCUCGCGGAGGCUCAUGGUGCCGAGAUCCCGAUAGCAUUUAUUUGUAAAAUCAAAAAACAGUGGCCAUGGCGAUCGUAGUAGGGGCUUGCAUUAAAUGGCUAGUAUUAAAAAAUUAAACGAGAA